GUUCUCAAUUUUUUAUUUCUCACGCAACAAACAAAUCCAUCUGCUCUCCUCUCCUCUCCACCCGUCAUUUGUCUUUUCCUUUUCCUCCUUCCUCGUCGCCAUGGCGUUCUCCUCUCCGGUUGCCACCAAAACCCUAAUCCCAAACGCCACUGUCGGAGAAACCCUCAUCCCUGGCCUCCCCGACGACAUCGCCGCUGUGAUUCUCGCCUCCCUCCCCUACUCUCACCAGUCUGCCCUCCGAGCCACAUCCCGGUCUUGGCGUGCUUUCCUUGCCCCCCUCGCCCUCCUCCCACUCCGCCGAAGCCUCCGGCUCCCCUGCCGCCACCUCCUAGCUCUCUUCCCUGCCGACCCUUCCAUCACGCCGCCCUGCCUCUUCGACCCCGCCGUCUCCGCCUGGGUCCUUCUCCCCCGUAUACCUUGUAGCUAUCACCUCUACGGCCUCUCCAAUUUUGUGCCCGUUGCUCUAGGACACCACCUCUACGUCCUCGGUGGGUCACAGUUCGACGCUCGCUCCUACCCCAUCGGCCACCCGAUCGCCUCUGCUGCCGCCUACCGCCUGGACCUCUCCUCCAUGCCGCCUCUUUCGUGGGACCGCCUGGCCAACAUGAUAUUCCCCCGUGGUAGCUUCGCCUGCUCGAGUUUACGCCGGUCCAGCCAUGGGGGCGUGAAGGAUGAGGGCAAGAUCAUCGUAGCUGGUGGCGGCUCGCGCCACUCGAUGUUCCCAGUGGAAGGCAGCCGGAUGAGCUCUGUGGAGUGCUACGACGUGGAGUCGGGCCAGUGGAGUAUGCAUAAAGGUCUUCCUAGGGACAGGGCAGGGUGCGUUGGAUUAUUGAUUGCAAGGCCUGAUAGCGAGGAGGAUGAAUUUUGGGUGAUGGGAGGAUACGGAGACUAUAGGACAGUCUCAGGUGUUGUUCCUGCAGAUGUUUACCACAAGGACGCAGUGGUGCUGGGACUGAAGAGUGGGAGAUGGAGGGAGGUCGAGGACAUGUGGGAGGAGGGGGAUAGGAGACGGCUAGGGGCAGUGACGGCGCUUGAUGGAGAUGAUGGACACGGGAAGGAUAUUUUCAUGCUCGACUCAAAUGAGAUAUUCAGAUAUGACUUUGUUUUAAACCGAUGGAUUAAGGAAUCUUGCUUGCGAAGAAAGAUUCCUGAUAAUGGCUCAUGUGGCUUUGUAGCGAUGAAUGGGGAGAUAUAUGUUCUUACGACCUCAAUCCAAAGCUUUGAUCUAUCAGAUCAACGGAGAGCCACCAAGAAAAGAUUGACCAUAGAGAUCCAAAUCUACAAUCCUCAAAGGAAGAAAUGGAGAUUCCUGACAACGAGCCCACCUUUUAACCACACUAUUUUUAACAACAUGAUUGACUUUAAAACUGCUGUUACAUGCACCGUUAGAGUAUAAUGGUUUAUGGUUGUGUACGCCAUGCUUCUGUAAGUAGCUAGCAAGAUAUUUCAUUACCUGAACUCGGACAAUAAAAUCAGCAGACAAUACCAUUUCUUAUUUGAUGUAUAGAUUUGCUAUGUAGCUCUAUGGUGUUUUCCUUGGCGCUACACUAUUGUAAAAAUUGGCAGGAGUUGAUCA